AUGGCUGCAUACCGCAUACCUGGCAUUGCUGGCGCAAUGCUGAAAGCAGGCAUCUCCGGAACGCCAAAUCCGCUACCGGCAUCCUUCCUCCGCGGAGGCACAUCCAAAGGCGUCUUCAUCAACCGCGCACACCUCCCCACUGAGCGAGCGAACUGGGAUAGAGUGCUCCUCGGCCUCAUGGGCUCCCCAGACGCCCAAUACGGCCGCCAACUGAACGGCAUGGGCGGCGGCAUCUCGAGCCUCUCGAAGGUCUGCGUCGUUGGCCCGCCUCCGCCUUCUGCUGCACGGGACGUCGACGUCGAGUACACGUUCGUACAAGUCGGCAUCCGCGACGAGCAGCUCGAUUACUCGGGAAACUGCGGGAACCUGUCGAGCAUGAUCGGCGUGUUCGCGCUCGACCAGGGUCUGUGCGCGCCUCGCAAUGUCGCGGGUGGGCUCGGCACCGUGCGCUCGCUCAAUGCGAACACGAACAAGAUUAUCGACACCACAUUCCCCGUCUCUCCGCAUGCUGAGCUCGGAUACGUCCCCGAGCUCGGGCUCGAGCAAGUCUCAAUUGCGGGCGUACCGGGCCUUGCCUCGCAGAUCAUACUGGACUUCGUGUCUCCAGCAGGCGCGCGCAGCGGCGUACUGCUCCCCACGGGCAAUGCGAUAGACGAUAUUGUCCUGAGCGGCGGCAAGAGCGUCCGCGCGUCGCUCGUAGACGCGGCGAACCCCACGGUUCUCAUCACCAACGGCGAUUUGCGCGUGGCGCUGGGAGCGUCUACCGACACAGUUGACAUCGAAGAUGUCUCUGUACUCGGUGUUCUCGAGGAGAUACGCCAGGCCGGCGCCGCGCGUAUGGGACUGGACCCGUCCGCUCAAGCACAGCCCAAGAUCGCCGUUAUGAGCGCACCGCGCUCUGGCGAGGACGAAGGAACACAUCUGGUUGUGCGCGCGUUGUCGAUGGGAGUACCUCAUAAAGCCAUACCCAUCAGUGUUGCGCUGUGCAUUGGCGUGGCCGCGCGCACACCGGGUACCCUUGUCGCUGAGCUUGUGGCCGGCGCUGAUGCUGGUGGAAAGCUCUUCCGGAUACGGCAUCCGGGUGGUGUGGUUGACGUUGGAGCGGAUGUUGCGGAGGACGGAGAAGCGAAGAGUGCGAAGGUUAUGAGGACAGGGAAGAGGCUGAUGGAGGGGGCGGUGUGGUGGUGA